UAGAGUUAGUAGUGUGUCGGGAAGCUGCACAGAAGCUCCGGUCACUGACUUUUAUAAAGCAGCUCUUAUACUGCCAAUGUUUCAUUUUCUCAUACGACGCGUAACAGAAGAGCUUUAUCAAAGACUGGAGCAUUUUAUUUAGCCCCCGCCUUUUCCUCUUGGAUGUAUCGCUUGAAGAACUAGGAACGGACCUCGCAGCUCACCGAAGCCGGGAUGAGCGGGACCUCCGCGGGGUCGGCCGCGGCGCCCUGCCGCUUCGCGCACUACUUUGUUAUUUGUGGAAUAGACACAGAAACGGGACUUGAACCGGACGAGUUAGCAGCUUUGCACCGGUGGCUAGAAGCAGACCGCCAAGGCAGGGAUCCAGAUACUGCAUCUGCAGGUGAAAACUUUGAGCAGAGUCCCCUGAAGAGGACAUUCAAGUCCAAAGUUCUGGCACGUUAUCCAGAAAAUGUGGAGUGGAACCCCUUCGACCAGGAUGCUGUUAACAUGCUCUGUAUGCCCAAAGGUUUGUCAUUCAGGACACAGGCAGACCAGCGCGAGCCUCAGUUCCACUCCUUCAUCAUCACCAAGGAGGAUGGAUCUCGAACAUAUGGUUUCGUUCACACCUUCUAUGAGGAGGUGACCAGCCCACAGAUCUGCUCUGCCAUGCAGACUCUCUACCAGAUGCACAAUGCUGAGCAAACAAAUGCCACUUCUUCCUCCUCCUCUUCUUCCUCCAGCAUGGACUCACUAGCCAGCAGUUUAGAUGAUGGUUACUCCCCCACCUCGUCAUCCUCAUCGUCUUUAUCUCGUGCAGCGGGGAGCUAUGACUCGUCACGGGACACGCUCUAUGUGUCCAAAGCCUUGUGUCUGAUCACGCCUAUGCCCUUCAUGCACGCCUGCCGGCGCUUCCUUGCACAGAUGCACUCUGCUGUUAUAGCUGCAACCGCACCCCCCUUGCCACUGGAGAGCUACGUUUACAACAUCCUGUACGAGGUGCCACUGCCUGCUCCGGGGCGUUCACUCAAAUUCCACGGCAUAUACGAACCCAUUGUCUGCCAAAGGCCGGGGCCAGGAGAGCUUCCCCUGGCUGACUUCCCCCUGGCAGAGGCCUUUUCUCUGCUAGGCGUGGAAAACCUGGUCCAGGUGUUCACCUGCACCUUGCUGGAGAUGCAGAUUCUGCUGUACUCACAGGACUACCAGCGGUUGAUGACAGUGGCAGAGGGCAUCACCACCCUCCUAUUUCCCUUCCAGUGGCAGCACGUCUAUGUUCCCAUCCUGCCAGCCUCCCUCCUUCAUUUCCUAGAUGCACCUGUUCCCUACCUGAUGGGCCUGCAGUCCAAAGAGGGCACUGACCGCUCCAAACUUGAGCUUCCUCAGGAGGCCAACCUGUGUUUUGUGGAUAUUGACAACCACUCCAUCGAGCUUCCAGAGGACUUCCCUCAGUUCCCAAACAAGAUCGAAUUCAUCCAGGAGCUCACUGAGGUGCUAUUAAGCUUUGGCAUCUCUGCCAACACUGGCGCCCCGCCCCGGACCCGCUCCAGUCCUGGCAGCACUUCAUCCACCCCAGGAAGGGAACGCAAAUCCGCCACCCUUCGACAGCUAGAGGACGAUGGACGUAAUGGCAAUCUGGCAGGAGAGGAGUUAGUGGUGCUGGAGCUGCUGCAGGGAAAUGCUACGCUGGAGAGACUGCAGGCACUGACUAAACGCACUGGGGUGACUGUGGCACGUGUGGAAGCCCUGAGGGCUGGAGUCAAAGGUCAGCCCACCGACGGAGGAAACCAAACAGGAGGUGAAGAAGAGGAGCUAAGGAACGCCAAACUAAACGUUCAGCUGAGGGAGGUGUUCGCCAGCCGCUUCACUACCAUGUUUGCAGACUAUGAAUCAUUUGUUAUCCAGAGCGCUCCUGAUCUGGAGUCCUGGCUCACCAACAGGGAGCAGAUGCACAACUUUGACAAGGCUUCAUUCCUGUCAGACCAGCCAGAGCCCUACCUUCCCUUUCUGUCUCACUUCAUUGAGACACAGAUGUUUGCCACCUUCAUCGACAACAAGAUCAUGUCUCAGUGGGAAGAGAAGGAGCCUAUGCUCCAUGUCUUUGACACUCGUAUUGACAAGGCACGCCUCUAUAAUAUCCGUGCUCCCAGUCUCCGAUCGUCCUGCUACCAGAGGUGCUCCAUCCUCAAAGAGUCUGCUCAGGCCAUUGAGCAGCGGCUGAUGAAGAUUGACCACACGGCCAUCCACCCACACCUGCUGGACAUGAAGAUCGGUCAGGGGAAGUACGAGCAGGGGUUCUUCCCCAAACUGCAGACCGAAGUGCUCAACACAGGACCAAGCAAUAACAAGUGGUGUCACAAAGCAACAACAGCUCAGCGCAGAAAAGAUCGCCACAGACAACAAACGGAACAUCUGACCCUUGAUAAUGACCUGAAAGAGGUGGAGGGCUGCCUGGUCCUACAGAAUUCCAUGGCAUUUUGGGAGUGGGACAAUGCAUCCCCUCCUCCUGUCAAACCACCUAAAAAAUCAGCUUCUGCUUCCUGCCUGAAGUACAUGCAGGAGGCCCGGAGCCUCGGGAAGAAUCUGCGACAGCCUAAACUCUCCGACCUGUCGCCUGCCGUGAUCGCCCAGACCAACUGGAAGUUUGUGGAAGGGUUGCUCAAGGAGUGUCGCAUGAAGACCAAGCGUAUGCUGGUGGAGAAGAUGGGCCGCGAGGCUGUGGAGCUGGGUCAUGGUGAGGCCAGCAUCACUGGAUUAGAGGAGAACACUCUGAUCGCCAGUCUGUGUGACCUGCUAGAGAGAAUCUGGAGCCACGGGCUGCAGGUCAAACAGGGGAAGUCUGCUCUGUGGUCUCACCUGCUGCACUAUCAGGCCCGGGAGGAGAUGCUGGCGCAGCAGGCUGACUCACCAGCGCCUCGCAUUCUUGAGAGGAGGAAGUCUGAUAGUUCCAUAGCGAUGCCUUCUCUGCGUGUGUCUCUCAUUCAGGAUAUGAGGCAUAUCCAGAGUAUGUCAGAGAUCAAGACGGAUGUUGGCCGAGCCAGAGCCUGGAUUCGCCUGUCCCUGGAAAAGAAGCUGCUCUCUCAGCAUCUCAAACAGUUGCUGUCGCGACAAGCCUUAACCAAGAAGCUGUACAAACGUUACGCCUUUCUGCGCUGUGAGGAGGAGAAGGAGCAGUUCCUCUUCCAUUUGCUCUCUCUCAAUGCUGUUGACUACUUCUGCUUUACCAGUGUCUUCACCACCAUCAUGAUCCCAUACCGAGUCGUCAUCAUCCCCAUCAAGAAGCUGAGCAACGCUAUGACCACAUCCAACCCCUGGGUGUGUGUCUCAGGGGAACUGGGAGACUCGGGCAUCAUGCAGAUCCCCAAGAAUGUAUUAGAAAUGACCUUUGAUUCUGCUUUCAGGCCUCACACGCACAUCUCUGCCAUAUUCAAGUGUCAGAACCUGGGGAAGCUCACCACGGUGCAGCUGGGUCACGAUAAUGCCGGCCUCCUGGCUAAAUGGUUGGUGGACUGUGUGAUGGUGCGGAAUGAGAUCACAGGACACACCUACAGGUUCCCAUGCGGUCGAUGGCUCGGUAAGGGUGUGGAUGACGGCAGCCUGGAAAGGGUCCUAAUCGGGGAAUUAGUGUUGCCCAGCGGAGAGGAUGAUUCUGCAAGGGCCUGCCGUACACCCCCGCUACAGCGUUCACCUUCCCAGGGCAGACGCAUCAGCAUCACAUCGCUCACCGGACGAGAUACCAAGCUGAAUUCAGCACAAAUCCAAGAGGGGAUUGGGGAGGCAGUGAACAACAUAAUCAAACACUUCCACAAACCAGAGAAAGAGAGAGGCAGUCUGACUGUUCUGCUGUGCGGCGAGAAUAGCUUGGUUGCGGCUCUGGAACAGUUCUUCCAUCAUGGCUUCAAAUCUGCCAGGCUCUUCCAGAAGACUGUGUUUGUGUGGGACUUUGUGGAGAAGGCUGUUGCCUACAUGGAGUCAGCUGACCAGAUUGGAGACCUUCAGGAGACCACUGAGGCCAUGAAGAUGACCUGUCAGUCACUCUGUCAUUACUUCAAUGCGAUCAACUCCACGUCCAGAAACAUCGGCAAGGACGGAAAGUUCCAGUUGUUAGUCUGCCUCGGAGCCAGAGACCGCCUGCUGCCCCAGUGGCUCCCCCUGCUCGUGGAAUGUCCAGUGAUCCUGCAAAUGUAUGAGGACACAGCAAUGCUCAGAGACCCUUCCACUCUCAGUACCCUUAUAAGUGUGCUUGAGACACUGCACGACUUCUCCAUCACACUGGAAGCCUCACUGGUCAAAGGCAUCAACCUUUAGUUCCACAGGACUCUGGUUAUUUUUCUGUCCUCCUCUUCAGUUCACUCUGUCCGUCUACUGUUAGCUCCUUUGCCUUGUGAUUAGAUGGAUGAUAAGGUUUGGAGGACAUUAAAUUGAAAGGACAAUUUGGGAACCAAAGCAAUAAGUUCCACAUGUUCUCAUGUUGCUUGAUUCUUCAUGGGAGACGUUAAAAUUUGUGGGUGACCCAUGAGCUUGGAUGCAGUAUUUCCACUCUUCCUGUGAAUUUCAAAGACUGUUUAAACAAAAGGCCAGACCAAGGAUCUGUAGUUUUUUACUUGAUGAACUAAUACUGUUCAUCACAGUGCACAAGUUUCUGCAGACAUAUCAGCUUUUAGAAGCACUUCCUGCCUUCCAUGUAUCCUUUGUUAUUUCAGUACACUUGGAAAAUGACUGUUUGGCUUCCUGCUCACAUAAAACCCAAGCUGUAAGUCAAAAAUCUGUUUCAAAAAGACUUUUGCAAAGCAGUUAUUCACUGUCAUGUUUGAGGGAACUACUUUUUAUAUUCCCAUAAACUGUUCAUCUGGACGUAGCGGUGGCCAAGCGUACGACUGAAGAAGUCACUUGGAUGAGUGACGAAACGUCCAGAUGAACAGAAUCCACUUUUUGGGAUUUCUUUACCUUGAUGACUGAGCAUGCAUCAAAAUACUUUCUAUAUUGUUUUUGCUUUAAGGUCUUUUCUAGGCUGCAGGAUUGUCGUUGCUGAUAUGAAUCACAGCAUCUUUCUGCCUUAUUGAUUCUCUUAGUGUACUGAAAUAUGGCUGCUUGGAAGAAAAAGAAAAAAUUGAGUGCAUGCUGAAAUGACAGCAUAGAAACAUAACUGUAGCAGCAGACAUGUAACAGCUGUGUGUAGCAUAGCCCCCUUCAGUUGGUACGAGUAGAUGCAUUAUCUUACCUGUAACUGUUGGUUAUAGUACCGUCAACCUAACUGUUGUUAGUGUGAGCAAGAAUGCUGUUGUGCGCGGAAAGAAUACGAUGCCAUGAAGAGACUGAGGGAUCACUGACACAAUAGAAUAAGGAUUUUUUUCAAUGACAGACUCAGUUUUAAGAGUUUAACCUGUGGCUAACAUUCCUACCUACAUUAUACAUCUAUGUCUCACUUCACAGAUGUAUGCAUUUAAGAUCAAGUUUUAAGGCUGUGUGCCUUACAAACUCAUUUACACCAUCUGCCUACACACAAAUUCAUUUAUGAUUUCUUGACAGUUUGCCAGUUUCAACAACUAAAUAACAGCUAAACUGUAACAUACAGGCUCAUCUAAGAAAGAAAAAUGAAUUUCAGCCGUUCCUCGUGGUUGUUAUUCAGUCAUCUUAAAGUAGACCUAUUCGUCUCAUUUCCAGCUCUGUAUCUUUUCUGAGGCUUACUAAUAGCAUUUAAAAAAGAAAAUGUUUUAAUUGUCUUAUGUUUGCCCUUCUGUGUAGAUCCCUUGCUACAUCUAGUGUGUGAAAUGAGCCUUUUGACUCCUGUUUGUCCGUUGUAUUUUAAUUGGGCAUAAGCUCUAUGGAGCCCACACAAAUGCAGCCCUCAGUAUUUCGUACCUGUGCUGCGCCUGAAGCAGAUAACUGUGUAAUGAAAUCUGCAACAAGCUGAUGUCAGCUCGUUGUGAAAGUAUGAGUAGCCUGAAGCCUGGAAUCUUUUGAAACGUAUAACAAUAUAAAGCUCCCUUAUUCAGAAAGAGUUGCAAACACAUAUUUGAUUUGGCAGAUUUUUGUUGUUUUUUAUAAAGACUGGAUGCUCUUCCUGAUGCACUCCAAGGGAUUUAUGCCUUUUCCUUGAAACCAGCGUGUGUGGGCCAAAAGUGUGAACUCCUACACUAUGGAGAUACCUAACACAUUAACAAUAUACGACAGAAAUUAAUUCAAGUAUAACAUUAAUGAAUUAAAGUCCUGGCAGUUAUUAAACUUUUCCACAAAACAACAAAACGGUUCUUUCAAAAACAAUAAUCAGUAUACACAGUUCAGCUUUUUACUGCAUAAUUCAUCUCAUACAUCAGGAGUAACCUGAAAUUUUAGAAUGUUUACUUCACAAAAUGACGUUACUAUAAACAAGACUGAACGUAAUAGAAAUUAAUUAGUAUUGAUUAUUGUUUUUAUGACUUAUUUAUUCAUCUACCCAAAAAGUAACAGAAUAGCAAUAAAAGUAUCGUACCAUCUUUGAAGUGUGUACUAAAGCAUAGGAAGUGAGAAGUAGCAGGUUUAUGGUCUUAAUGACUUUCAUGCUUGUGUAUGUGUCAUGAUUCCCCGUGAAGUCCCACUUCAAGCCAGUCACAGGUUACGUUUUUAGUCCCUGUGUAACAGACCCAACAGCACUGGCUGUUUAUACACUGUUUAAAAUCUAGAUUUUAUUUUUUGUAAUAAAGCAAACUAGCCAUUUGUCCCUUCUUCCAGUAUUUAUGCUAAGCUAAAUGUUCUUUAAUUGUUAAAAGGGGUUUUUAUGUAAACUGCCGACUUGGCAUAAAUGGAUGAAUUUCACAAUUAGAAUUGUUAACCUGUUUUCUGUGGUCCAUAAAUGUGUCAUGAAGGAAUGCGCCAUAUUUUUGUUUCACGUCCUCUAAAUGCGUUCAAAAUUUAAAUAUUUUUGGCAGCAGAGAGUAAAAUGUUUGGAAAUGUGUAUCUUGGGCAGAUGUCUUAUCUUUGAACUUUUGCAGCAUUAGCAGUUUUGCAAGUGUUGCCUCUUACUAAAUGGAUACUUUCUGGUGUACAUUUUGUCAACGCAUGGUGUCAUUUAAGCCUCAGCUGUAUUCAUGUGGCACUCUAAUGGAUUACAAAUAGCAGUGGAGUUUAUCUGCUUUGUUACGUAAAUGUGGACACGGUUGCAUUUCUGCUGUUUCCAGAACGGAGUAUGUGAUGGGCAACACAUCCUGCCUUCCUGUGUUUUUAAUUUAUAUUGACUUUGACUGGCUGACAGCAGCACUGGUGUUUUAUGGUGGAAAAACCUGUGGAGUAAGUCGAUGCAUCCUUUGCACCUUUAAAGUAACCACUAUAUCUCCUUCAUGUGCCCCUGGUGAUUAACCUGUGGGACUAUUGACAGCUCCAAAGCACAGGAAUGGAUUCCUCCACCUCUUCCUGGAUUUCUUUAUGUACGGACUAUUUUUCUGGCGGCACCAGGAACGACGUGUGGAAGAUGACCACCCUAGUAGUCGCAUUUCAUGUCAGCAUUGGAACUGACUGCUCUCUACUGAUAUUUAUUGUUCCUCAAUAAAACACCGAAGUCUAA